AGCACACUAUCCCAGACAGCUUCCACUGCAAGUCCAGCUAUGAUUACUGAAUCCAGCCUUACCAUGUCUGCCAUCAACACUGAUUAUGAUCCAUGCUACAACUACAGCAUUCUCGAUAACUACUGGAGAAGCACACUCAAUUACUGGGAUAUGUAUGGAUACAUAUCUGGAUAUGAUGACACUCGUAUUGAAUGGCAUGGCUGGUAUCGGCUCUUCAUUAAUGGAUUGAGUGCUCAGAUGCCUGAGUGGUGUUUCAGUUAUCUGUCAUGUGGAGGUUUUAGUUCUCUGUGGCUUGAUGGCUCUCAUCCUCAGCUGGAAGAUGGAGUUGUUACUCGUGACGUCUACGGCUCUGUUAAUGACCAGUGCAGUUACUACAGAUCUGACCCAAUCCAAGUCAAAGCCUGUACUGGAAAUUACUAUGUCUACAAAUUUAUAAGGCCAAAGCCAUCAAUCCCAGUGCCUGUAUAUUGUGCAGUUACAUUCAACACUCCAAAUACUGAUCCCUGCCACAACUACACCAGUCUGGAUGAGCCUUGGCGAGCCACUGACAAUUAUUUAUUCAGUGCUAUGUGUGAUUAUAAUGUCAACUGGAAUGGCUGGUACAGGCUGCUCUACAAUGGUCAGAGUGUCCAGAUGCCAGAGUCCUGUGUUGGUUAUGCGUGGUGUGGCUCAGAGAACCCACUAUGGCUCGACGGCCCUCACCCACAGCUAGAAGAUGGAGUGGUCACCAGGAAAGUCUGCAGUUCCACAGGGAACGACUGCUGUGGUUACACGUCUCAUCCCAUACAAGUCAAAGCCUGUCCAGGAAAUUAUUAUGUGUAUGAGUUUCUCAGGCCAAUAUUGUGUGCAUCUUACUGUGCAGGUAAACAUAUUUUCAUCAUUUUUUUAUGA